GAGAAGUGCCGAGAGGAGGCGUGAUCUGCGGUGUGCGGUUGCCACACCACACCACAGGCGAGUUAGGUCGGUGGCUUGGAUCAGGCUAGAAGGAGUGAGGUGACGGAAGAUGGGGGACAUCGGGACCACAGGCCCAGCAGGAAUGGCUCCUGGAUUGGGCGCAAGGUGACAGGGAGAAGAAAGCCAAGCCUGACUCUUAGGUGUCUGGCCAGAGUGGUUCGAAGAAUGAGGAAUCACUUGCUGCGAUGGCGAAGGGGGCGAGGAGCAGGUGCAGAGAGGAGAGCUCAGGUGUGGCGGUGCAAGGUGCCUCGGAGACCUCCCAGGGUCACUGCGGUGACGUCGCCACCCUGCAGAGCAUGGGAACUUCUCCUUAACCCGCUGUGCCCCAGAGGCCUGGACAAUGCUGGCAAAACAACCAUCCUCAAGAAGUUCAACGGGGAAGACAUUGACACUAUCUCCCCGACGCUGGGCUUCAACAUUAAGACCCUGGAACACCGGGGAUUCAAGCUGAACAUCUGGGAUGUGGGCGGCCAGAAGUCCCUGCGCUCCUACUGGCGGAAUUACUUCGAGAGCACGGACGGCCUCAUCUGGGUGGUGGACAGCGCCGACCGCCAGCGCAUGCAGGACUGCCGGCGGGAGCUCCAGAGCCUGUUGGUGGAGGAGCGCCUGGCUGGAGCGACCCUCCUCAUCUUUGCCAACAAGCAGGACCUCCCCGGAGCGCUGUCCUCGAACGCCAUCCGUGAGGCCCUGGAGCUGGACUCCAUCCACAGCCACCACUGGUGUAUCCAAGGCUGCAGCGCCGUCACCGGGGAGAACCUCCUGCCUGGCAUCGACUGGCUGCUGGACGACAUUUCCAGCCGCAUCUUCACCGCCGACUGAACCGAUCCAGACACGCCCCCCGCCCCGCCCCCACCCCACUGUCCAGCCCGCGCCCCCGGCCCUCAUGGAGUGCCAUCCGUGGGGGGGAGGGCAGUCAGCCAGCCUGACUGCCACCCCCCCGCCCCACUCCGUAACCUGCUGCUGCUGCUGCUGCUGCUGCUAACGCUGCCCACUGCUGCCCGGCGGCCGGAGGGCUGCCGCCCUGGCUGUGCCCCGGGAUCUAACCCGGCCCGCAGGCAGCUGCCACACCACGGGGGAGAGGGCUGGGGCUGGGAGGGGGCCGCCUCUGCUGCUACCAAGGCUGUGGGCCUCACUCUGUGCUCAGCUGUGAGAAUAAACCGCUCUCUGCCCCACUU